AUGGUGCCAGCCGAAGUAUCGGUACUUAUCGUUGGUGGAGGCGGAAGCGGGCUUUCGUCCUCGAUCUUGUUGUCUGAUCUUGGCAUAGACUCUUUAUUGAUCGAGCGUCGUCCUGCAACUUCGCACAUGCCCAAGGCGGGCGCCCACAAUCAGCGCACAAUGGAGAUUUUCCGACGCCAUGGCAUAGCCGAUCAAAUCCAGGCGAUUGGUAUGCCCGCAGAAACACGGAUCCGCAGCAUCUGGUUGACCUCGCUGGGUGGAGAUGACGAGCUCGACCGGCGAGAACUGUUUAGCAUCGAUGUUAAUGGAGAAGGCGUCUACCGCGAGAUAUUCGAGAAGGAUAGCCCCGAACUCUCCGCUGGUCUGGGCCAGUACCUCCUAGAACCUCUCCUACGCAAUAACGCAGAACAGCGCAACCCGGGAAGAGUAUGUUUCGGGUUCGAAUUGAUCAGCCUAAUUCAGGAUGGCAAUGGGUCUGUGGUAGAAAUCCGCGACUGUGCGAGUAAUGAGAUGCAUCGCCUUAACGCACGCUUUGUCAUCGCUGCGGACGGUGGUCGUACUGUCGGACCAAUGCUUGGUGUCCCAAUGAUCGGGCAGACGGGUCUUGCGACAAUGACGAGCCUUUACUUCAGAGCAGACCUUUCCGAGUACGUAAACGAUGAUGUGGUUGUUCACUGGUUCGUAGGCCCACGAUUUGGGUCGUGGACCGGCGGUGCGUUGGUCAAGGCUGGUCCAAAGAACUGGGACCGCCAUUCCGAAACGUGGACUAUCCAUCUGAUGAUCCCGCCUGAUGACCCUGAUGCUCAAAACCUCACCAAGGACCGCGCGCUCAUCCGACUUAGGGCGCUCCUCAAUCUCCCUCAGCUCGAUGCGGAGAUUCUUGGUGUCAGCCCAUGGCAUAUAGAGUCGGUGCAACUUGAAAAAAGCCGCGUCGGGAAUGUCUUCUUUAUCGGCGAUGCGGCUCAUCGCCAGCCCCCGACGUCUGGGCUUGGCUUGCAGUCGGCAAUCCAGGAUGCAGACAACUUGGCCUGGAAACUCGCGUCUGUGAUCAAAGGCUGGGCGAAUAAAGCCAUCCUGAACACAUACGAGACAGAACGAAGGCCGAUAAUCAACGAUAAUAUCGAGUAUGCUCUUUUCGCUUUCCAGAACCAGUUCGCAUUUGAAGCCGGAAUUGGGCUGAUCCAAGCCAAGACGCCUGAGCAACGUAGGGCUGUAUUUCUCAAAUUCCUCGAAGACAGUCCAAUGGGUCGAACGCGGCGGGCGGUGGGUGCUGAAGUGUUCGGGACUGGGCGCAUGGAACUCGACCCUCACGACCGCGAGAUAGGCUUCCACUACGAGGAGGGCGUACUAAUCCCUGACGGGUCCGAGGCUCCACCAAGAGAUCCGAUGGGAAUCGCCCACACUCAAACUACUCGGCCGGGUCAUCGGUUGCCACACGCCUGGCUCAACAAACGUGGUAAACGCGUGUCGACCCAUGACAUCGGCGGCAUCGGGAAUUUCAUCUUGCUUACCGGCUCGGGUGGUAAAGCUUGGUGCGAAGCGACCGAGCGUUUGUCUGCCCGCUCAGGCAUUCCCAUUGAGGCUUAUCGUAUUGCGCCCGGUGGUGACCUCGGCGACCCGACACGCUCUUGGUCCGCGCUGAGCCAAAUCAGUGCUGACGGCGCGCUGCUCGUGCGACCUGAUCGCUACGUUGCCUGCCGCUUUUACAAAGGGACGACAGACCCCUAUGCGGAGCUCGAGAGUGCUCUUACCAAGCUUCUAAAUCCAUUGUCGAUGUAG